GGAUUGGACUCAGAGCUGACCCGGAGUGGACUUCGAGCGGACCCGGAGCGGACUCGUAGUGGACGCCGAGAGGACCCGGAGCGGACUUCGAGUGGACCCGGAGCGGAUUCGGAGCGUCCGGCGGGUCGGCUUCAACCGGCACCUACGCAAUCAUGGCGGACUCCCAGGUGGAGGCGGGAGCAGCGGCUGGCGAGGUGAUGGUCGACUCUAAAUCCUUCCACAGUUCACACGGGAAGGUGCCUGGGAAGCAGUUCCUGGGGUCCUCAGCCUCGCUGGACCACAGGUACAGGAUGGAUUACCCAAAUAUGGGGAUAUGUUUAAUCAUCAACAACAAGAACUUCCACCCAAACACAGGAAUGGGCUGUCGGUCCGGCACGGAUGUGGACGCCGCCAGCCUCAUAGACACUUUCAAGAAGCUGAAAUACGAAGUCAGGUGUAAAAACGACAUGAAAAGGCAUGAGAUUCUGGAAUUACUCACCUCCGUUGCCCACGAGGACCACAGCAAGAGGAGCAGUUUUGUGUGUGUGCUGCUCAGCCACGGGGAAGAAGGAGUGAUUUUCGGGACCGACGGUUCCCUGGAAUUGAAGAGCUUGGCGAACCUCUUCCGAGGGGACAACUGCCGCAGUCUGGUCGGGAAGCCCAAACUCUUCAUCGUCCAGGCCUGUCGGGGCACCGAGUUGGACAGUGGCGUCGAGGCAGACAGUUCCAGCGCCGACGACGGACCGGAGCAGAAAAUCCCCGUCGAGGCCGACUUCCUGUACGCUUAUUCUACAGCCCCCGGUUACUACUCCUGGCGCAACUCCCUGAACGGCUCCUGGUUUAUCCAGGCGCUGUGCGCGAUGCUGAAGCAACACGCUCCCACCCUGGAGCUGCUCCACAUCCUCACCCGCGUGAACCGGAAAGUGGCCACCGAGUUCGAGUCGUAUUCCCCGGACGCCUCCUUCCACGCCAAGAAGCAGAUUCCGUGCAUCGUGUCCAUGCUGACCAAGGAGCUGUACUUUCCCUGCUAGCCGGGCCGACGCGCGUCACUCCCCGAAGGCUCAGGAGGCAGGGUCGGGGGCUGCCGCCGUUCGCUGCUGCAUCCCUCUGCGGCUAAAUCCUGUGCCUCCCCAUCUCUAUUUCCCCCUCCGUCUCCCCCCCGAGAGUACCCGGACCACCUUUCCAGCAAACAACCGAACCACCGUGUAGCUACCUCACAGACGUGACGUCCGGCGGUUGAAAAUGUCACCCGUCGGGGCCCGCCGGAGUGCUAGGAAGCAGCUUAGGACGUGAGACCGCUCUUAUCAAUCAAUCAAUCAAUCAAUCAAUCGUAUUUAUCGAGCGCUUACUGAGUGCAGAGC